AUGUCGAAGACUAAUGAGCAAGCUAGUGACAAACUGUUCAAAAUUCAGCCGCUAUGGAAAAUGGUUCUUGAUAAUUGCAUCAAAGUCGAACCGAAAGAAAAUCAUAGCAUUGAUGAACAAAUCAUUCCAGCUAAGACGCGCACAAGUGCUAUCCGCCAAUAUAAUCCAAAAAAGCCGCAAAAGUGGGUAUCAAGAUGUUGGUACGAGCAAGUCAGAGUGGUUUUAUCUACGAAUUUUUCUUGUAUUUUGGCGCAAAAGCACGGGAUAGGAGAAACAGCCGCUAAUGUAGUUAUGAAAUUGUGUAAAGGUCUGCUAAAACAUGUCAACCAUAAACUUUCCUUUGAAAAUUGGUUCAGCAUUUUGGAACUCCUUGUCAAUUUAAAGCAACUUCAGAUCCUAGUGACGUGCAACAUCCGAUCAAACCGUGUCGCUAACUGUCCGCUCAUGCUUGAAAAGGACCUAAGGAAACUUGGCAGAGGGCCACAUGACUAUCGUAAAGAUGCAAAUUUUGGAAUCAUCAUUGACCGCUGGUAUGACAAAAAAUCCGUGCAGCUUGCUUCAACAUACGCGAUAGCGUCUGUUUCCUCACAAGUUCAGAGGUUCUUAAAGAAGAAAACAAGGGAGCUAAUUCCAUGGCCUGGUAUAGUGAAAGAAUAUAACUCUGCUAUGGAAGGUGUCGAUUUAGCCGAUAUGCUCAUAGCGCUAUAUUGCUCACCCUACAAAAUAAAAUGUUGGUACCUGAAGGUCGUGUUCCAUCGUGUAGAUAUUUGCAAGGUUAAUUCCUGGUUGCUAUACAGGAGAUAUGCAGAUCAGUUGAAGAUACCGAAAAAAGGGGAAAAAUGCGUCUACGACUCUUCGUAA